GAAAAGCAGCUCUAGCCAAAAUAAGCGGCAUGGGGCCAGCCCUAAGUUCCAAAUUUUUAUGUUAUUUACUGAUUUACUUUGAUUUAUGACGAAGAAGUUCUUACACCUUGUCUACCUAAAAAAAAAUGUUGCAGCUCGGCGAGUUCGACUUUACCAGUGGUGGGACUGGGGAUUUAUCUCUAAAGUUUUGCACAAUGUCAUGUCUUUAUGGUUCCAUACCCUAUUUUGGCUCUCUAAAAGUUUCGCAAAAUCGUUAAUGGAGGCAAUACCAGCUCCGCCUUCAUCUUCUCAUGGCAUACCGUUAUCGUAAGCUUUUCAAUUUUCAGUCUUGGCUUUAUAAUGCUAAUAACAUUUCUGUUGAACCGAAUAAUGUGAUGAGAAGCAUUUAUCUGAGCCGUUCCCUGUCAGAAGCCAAUCUUUUUGCAAAAACAAGCGGUGAAUACGAAAUAAAUACUGACAAAGUCUACGAUGCUUUAGACAUUCUUUGUCAAGAGGGACGGUUGAAGGAGGCGAUUCAUUUUCUCUUCUCAACCGAUUGGCGACAAAUUUCGUGCGAGUGUGAUAUUUAUUCCCUUCUCUUGCAGGGGUGUAUUGAUAUGAAAUCGGGCCGAGAGGCAAAGCGGGUUCACCUGUAUAUGAUCAAGCAUGGAUUCAUACCAGGACUUUUCUUGGGAAACCGUCUCGUAAAUGUGUAUAUUAAUUGUGGGAUGUUGGAUUAUGCGCGUCAAGUGUUUGACAAAAUGUCAACAAGGGAUGUGGUUUCAUGGACUACUAUUCUUGCAGGCUAUGCCAAAAUGGGAUUUAUAAACCAUGCGCGCCAAAUAUUUGACGAAAUGCCCGAUCGAAACGUGGUCUCUUGGAAUGCAAUGAUAGCUGCAUAUGCUCAGCAGGGGUGUGGGGAGGAGGCCCUGCAAUUAUUUUGUAAAAUGCAGAAGGCAGGAGUAAAAUCUAAAUCUGUUACAUUUGUAGCCAUUCUCAGCGCAAUUGCCGGACUGGAGGGUUUAGAACCGGGAAAGCAAAUUCAUGCCUUUAUUCUCAAGGCUGGGUUUGAGUCAAAUGUGUUUGUGGGCAGUGCCCUGCUUGACAUGUACGCUAAAUGUAGAUGUAUAAAGGACGCGCAUCAAGUGUUUGACAAGAUGCCAGAACGAAAUAUAGUUUCUUGGAAUGUAAUGGUCGAUGGGCAUGGAAAAUAUGGUUCCAUCUCAGAAGCUCGCUAUCUGUUUGACAACAUGGUUGAACGAAGUGUGGCCUCAUGGACUGCAAUGAUUUCAGGAUAUGCUCAACGUGGGGAUGCAGAGGAGGCUUUGAAGCUCUUUUGCCAGAUGCAACAAUCUUUAUCGCAACCAGACCAAUUUACGUAUGCCUGUGUUUUUAGCAUAUGUGCCAGCCUUGCAGCUUUAGGUUACGGUAAACAAGUACAUGCACGGAUUUUGAGAAUUGCUUUUGAAUCAUAUACGCCUGUGGGAAAUGGUCUUGUCACUAUGUAUGCUAAAUGUGGAAGUAUCAAAGAUGCACACAAUGUGUUUGACAAAUUACCCCUAAAAAAUGUGGUGUCAUGGACAUCAAUCAUUUCAGGAUAUGCCAUGCACGGUUGUGGUUAUGACGCUGUAAAGCUCUUUCAACAGAUGGAACAAGCAGGGAUUAAGCCUAAUUGUAUUACCUUCCUCAAUGUUCUCUCUGCAUGCAGCCACUCUGGUUUAGUAGACAUAGGCCUUUCCUAUUUUACUUCAAUGACUGAAAAGCAUGGGAUCAUACCAAACAUAGACCACUAUUCGUGCAUGGUUGGCCUUUUAGGGCGGGCUGGAUGCCUAGAUCUUGUGAAGAAUUUUCUCAAUAACAUGCCAUGUGAACCAGACACUCGGCUUUGGUCAGCAUUGCUUGGCAUCUCUAGAAUAAAUGACCAUGCGGAGUUGGGAAAACAUGCGGCAGAAGCUCUUUUUCAGUUGGAGCCAAACAACUCUGCAACUUAUAUCCUUCUAUCCAAUAUCUAUGCUGCAGCUGGUAGGUGGAAUGAUGUUGCAAAAGUGAGGAAAAUGAUGAGAGAAAAAGGAAUUAAGAAAUUACCUGGAUGGAGUUGGAUUGAAAUCAAGAACAAAGUGCAUACCUUUGUGGUAGGUGAUGAAGCAUAAUUGUAAAUGGAGCAAUUCUGUGAACACAUUGUGAUCCCAAAUGUUGAUGUAAAAUAUGCAGACACAAUAUUCUUAGAAAAAAAAACUCGUAUAGACGCAAUCCAAUGCAAGUCAGAGACAUGGGAACUAAGGGUAAGAUUUCAGGGUGCUUUCUGAGUAACCAAACUUACACAUACAGAGAAUGUGCUCCUGCCUUCCACAGGAUGCUUGUCCUUGAUUGUGGAUUUAUGGGCUUAUCCUAUCAUGUAUAUGCUUGAUGCAUGCCUUGUGAUUCCUAUGGAGCCUGGUCAAUAAUGAAAAUGCUGUUUUAAUCUUUGUCUAUGUUUUAACUAUUUGGAGGCUUUAGACAAGAGCAGUACUCGAUAAGAGCUUUGGGGAUAGACCAAUAUUGCAUUUCAUUGUGAGCAAUCCGAAUUUUUUCUUGAGUGCAAGAAGGGAAACAUUUGAUUGCAAGAUGCAGACCAAGACUCAUGAAGCUCGUAGUCAUUGUCAGAGGGCUGUUUGCAUAUGUACAUCUUUUAUGCAGACUCUGAGAGAUGAGCUUGAGACAUCCAAGCUUGAAAUGGCUUUCAAACAAGUAUGCUUCUGUUGGAGUCGUCAAAGAUAACAUAGAGCCAAUAGAGUCAAAGGAGGAAGACAUUGAAGUGCUCGAAAGACUAGUGGCUGACCUUUUAGAUAAGGUUGUGCAUAUGUUUUGCAAAUGGUUAUGCGUAUUAAAAGGUUUUGGUGUUCAAAGUUUGUAGAUCUGAAACAAAUGAUGACAAAACCAUCAUUACCUGAAGUUGUGUAGUUUUUUGAUGAUAAAAAUGUGACUGAAGAUGAAUUUCAAUUUGCUCGUAGUGGAGGCAAUCUGAAAGAAGCAAAAGUAAGCAACUGGUCCUUAGAAUUGAACUGUCAUUCAUCUUGGUGGUGUAGGGAGAGGUUUAAAAUGUGGGGCACAAGUUCCUAUUAAUGCCUUCCAACAAAACCCAAGAGGCUUUCCUUGGAUCACCUUCAGAUUGCACUUUGUGGAAAGAACUGAUUUCUCUUCUAUGGAAGUAUUGGACACAAAAAUCCAAAAUUCUGAAGGCCUGGCAGAGUAAUCUGGAUUCUGCAUAGCAAUCAUGGAUUGAAUUGAAUUCCAUAAGAAGAUUUCAUAAUCUAGCAGAUGAAUUUUUGGGGGAUUCUUGUUGCCAUCAUAAGGGGGACUCAAAAGGGCUGUUGUAUGUAAUUUACUAGAAUGUUUUACUUUUUAGUUGAAUCUCCAACAAGGAAUAGUAAAGGCCAUGUCUGCCAUUGGAAGCACAAUGGUUAAGGAAGGUUAAAUGGUAGAACGUUCGGUUUUGUAUUUAGUUAGAUUGUAGCAAUUAAUUAGGUUAGAAGACCCAUUUAAAUUUAAUGGUCGUAUACUUCAUCUUAAUAUUGCUUGUAGAAAGUGUAUGGUGUCUAUUAUGUACGUCUGUGAGGAUGAUCUUAUAUUAUUAUCUUUCUUACUGGAAAUACUUUUGUAGUUGAUGUCAAA